CCAUACAUAUAAAUCAGGCUGACAUCCCAAACUCCUGGUCAGAGAAUGAGAGAACACCAAACACAAAAAUAUCAGUCAAAUAACUGGACCUGCCAGUCCGAUAUCAUACAUUUUAAUUUCUGUUGGUGUCCAGGUGUUUUAUAGUAAUAAAAAAUGGCCACGUCUGCCAGUGCUCAGUUGAGUAAAAUGGUCAAACGGCAGUAUAUGGAACUGCCUCAGGGAGACAAAGUACAAGCCAUGUAUAUCUGGAUAGACGGAACCGGAGAAGGACUGCGAUGCAAGACUAGGACACUGGACUCGGAGCCUAAGAGCAUUGAAGAUCUUCCUGAGUGGAACUUUGACGGUUCCAGCACGUAUCAAUCUGAAGGCUCCAACAGCGACAUGUAUCUCAUCCCCUCUGCCAUGUUCAGGGAUCCUUUCCGCAAAGACCCCAACAAACUGGUCUUGUGUGAGGUUCUCAAGUACAACCGUAAAUCUGCUGAAACCAACCAUCGUCAUACAUGUAAAAAGAUCAUGGAAAUGGUAGAUCAACAGAGUCCUUGGUUUGGCAUGGAGCAGGAGUAUACCAUCCUGGGUACUGAUGGACAUCCCUUUGGUUGGCCCUCCAAUGGGUUCCCUGGUCCCCAAGGACCUUAUUACUGUGGAGUUGGAGCAGAUAAAGCGUAUGGCAGAGACAUUGUAGAGGCACAUUACAAAGCUUGCCUCUAUGCUGGUGUGAUGAUUUGUGGAACUAAUGCUGAAGUUAUGCCGGCUCAGUGGGAGUUCCAGAUUGGCCCCUGUGAAGGCAUCAACAUGGGAGAUCACUUGUGGGUAGCUCGUUUCAUCUUGCACCGAGUUUGUGAAGAUUUCGGUGUGGUAGCCUCAUUUGAUCCUAAGCCAAUCCCAGGCAACUGGAAUGGCGCUGGUUGCCACACUAACUUUAGCACCAAGGAAAUGCGGGAAGAUGGUGGGCUAAAAUGCAUUGAGGAGUGUAUUGACAAGCUUGGAAAGAGGCAUAACUACCACAUCCGCGCCUAUGAUCCGAAGGGAGGCCUGGACAAUGCUCGCAGACUGACUGGCCACCAUGAAACCUCCAACAUCCAUGAGUUCUCUGCAGGUGUGGCGAACCGUGGUGCUAGCAUCCGCAUCCCACGAACUGUGGGACAAGAAAAGAAGGGUUACUUUGAGGAUCGCCGCCCAUCUGCCAACUGCGACCCCUAUGCGGUCACCGAGGCCCUGAUUCGCACAUGUUUGCUAGAUGAAGAGGGUGAUGAACCUGUGGACUACUAGAUCUCUCUCUUCUCCUGGACUGAACUUCCCUCCCCUUCUUGCCAUACUUCCCUGUUUUCCUUUUUUUUUUUUUUUUUUUUUUUUUUUUUUUAAAUGGCCAUCAAGCCAAAUUAGUACUGUAUCUUGUUUUCUAUCAGGGUGGUUCUAACCUGGCAUUUUAAUAUCGUUGAAGUUGACUGGUCAACUUAACAUUUUAAGAUUAAAUCUGAAGUUAACCUGAUCUGACUGGGGACACGGUGUUGCAGGACAUGUCUUUCCCCUGUUUUUUUUUUUUUUUUUUUUUUUUUUUUUUUUUUUGUUUUGUUUUGUUUUUUUUCUGAUUUUAAUUGUUUCUUGGGGAGUGGAUGUUUAACGUUAGCAUUGAAAGCUCUCUAUGAUCCCAUGACCCUACCUUUUGAUAGCUAAGAUGGACUGAAUUACGAGUCAAGUGCACAGAUGAACCUAGGACUGCCAAGGCUAGACAUAUAAUUCUUUUAAACCAAUAGCUAGUUGUUGCGUAUGUUGACUUGAUUAUUCAAGUAUGUAAUGUUUCAAUGCGUCUUACUGACAGUGUAUUAAAUGGCAAAUUUUGGUAUCCAUUCUGACUGUAUACACUACGCUGUUCUUGUUGUGCGGUACACUUCACAGUCGAGGUCCAAUAACUGUCCUGUUUUUAUACUUGUGGAUCUGUUUUGUCAUGUUAAAUCCCUGAUUCAUCAAGGAUUUGAUCCUGUUUUUGUCUACUACUAUGACGUAACUGCACCCGUUUUGGUAAAAACCUUAAGUUGCUAAAAAAAAAAGGAGACUUAAACCAUUUAUUUUUUACCACAAACCUGUCUUGUGUGCUUCCUCUUUACAGUGGGUGAUGUCUUGCUUGUGUACUUGCUGAUUUGACUCAUAUGCUAUUUUGGAAAAGGAUUACAAGAUCCCUACCUUGUUUUGAAAACACUGGGUAAGAUGAGUAUACUUGGACAAAACAAUAUACAAAGACUCCAGAUGGAUUCCAACUUGAGAUUUAUCUCUCGAGAAUACAAACCAAAAAAAAAAAGGAAGGUUUAAAUAGCAAGUUUCUAUUUGCAUUUGGCAUAUAUUCUUGUUUUAAGUAUAAACUCUCUUAAUUUUGGUCAUCAUUAUAGAAACAAGACUUCAGAUUUUCAUUUUGCAUCUUGCAUGCCCUGACUUUACCCUGAACGCACAUGUACUUCUCAAAGAUGUCUAUUUGACAUCUGCAAGAUGUAUUUUAUAGAGCAUUAGCUCAUCUGCAAUACGUCUAUAGACCAUUUCGUCAGAUGUAAACAUACUGGUCCCGAUACACUUCCGGUUUCUUUUUUUUUCUUUUUAACUUUACACAGACAUCAGAAAAAAAUACAACCAACAUAACAUUUGAUUGGAUGAAAAUGUUACAUUAGCACCUUUAAGAUGUAUUUGUAUAUGCGAAAUAAAAUAAAAAUUAAAAAACAAAAAAACAGGAA